GGCUUGACGACAGCUGCUCAGAAUCCUAUUUCUUUCUUUUGAUAUAUAUCUCUCAGAAUCCUAAUUCCCUAAUUUGCUCCUGCAGUCUGAGAGAAAAUGGCGUGUCACUUGCUUUUACCUGCAAACCCAGCAGCGAAUUCAACCUUGUCUAGGGUUUUCUUCACUGGAGAAGGGCAGGGCUUUAGCUGUUUGGCCGAGAAAAGAAAUCCAGAUCACACUAGAUUCUCAAAAGGGUUCGGUGUAAGAGCAAAUGCGUCUUCGGGAUACGAUCACAAACCGUUUGCGGAAAUUCCCAAUAAAUGGUACAAUCUCGUUGCCGAUCUUCCGGUGAAACCUCCUCCGCCGUUGCAUCCGAAAACGUUCGAACCCGUCAAGCCCGAAGAUUUGGCUACCCUUUUCCCCGCCGAGCUGAUCAGACAGGAAGCAACUGAGGAACGGUUUAUCCAAAUUCCAGAGGAGGUUCUUGACAUCUAUAAGCUUUGGCGACCAACCCCUCUGAUCAGAGCUAAGAGACUGGAGAAGCUUCUUGAUACACCUGCCCGAAUUUAUUACAAGUACGAAGGUGUUAGCCCGGCUGGCUCUCACAAACCCAACACAGCCGUUCCGCAGGCUUACUACAAUGCGAAAGCAGGCGUCAAGAAUCUCGUGACGGAAACGGGUGCCGGUCAAUGGGGCAGUUCUUUGGCCUUUGCCUCUAGUUUGUUCGGCCUUGAAUGCGAAGUGUGGCAAGUCGCCAAUUCGUACCAUCAAAAACCAUAUCGUCGGCUAAUGAUGCAAACUUGGGGGGCAAAGGUGCAUCCAUCUCCAUCCGAUCUCACCGAGACAGGGAGGAGAAUCCUCCAAGCCGACCCAUUAAGCCCGGGAAGUUUAGGCAUCGCAAUUUCAGAAGCGGUUGAAGUUGCAGCAGCCAAUGAGGACACCAAAUACUGCCUAGGAAGUGUCCUGAACCAUGUUUUGCUCCACCAGACCGUUAUCGGGGAGGAAUGCCUUCAACAAAUGGAGGGUUUCGGUGAAAUGCCCGAUGUGAUCAUCGGUUGCACGGGCGGAGGGUCAAAUUUCGCUGGCUUAAGUUUCCCGUUUAUUCGGGAGAAACUAAAGGGGAAAAUCAAUCCUGUUAUAAGGGCGGUUGAGCCUACGGCUUGUCCUUCCUUGACAAAAGGGGUUUAUGCUUAUGAUUUCGGUGAUACAGCCGGGAUGACUCCAUUGAUGAAGAUGCAUACACUGGGACACGACUUUAUUCCCGACCCUAUCCACGCCGGUGGAUUACGAUACCACGGGAUGGCACCAUUGAUCUCACAUGUUUAUGAACAGGGUUUCAUGGAAGCCAUUUCAAUUCCUCAAACAGAGUGCUUUCAAGGAGCCAUUCGGUUUGCGAGGACAGAAGGGAUAAUACCAGCUCCAGAACCGACUCACGCCAUUGCUGCCACCAUUCGAGAGGCUCUGCGCUGCAGAGAAGCUGGAGAAGACAAAGUGAUUCUGAUGGCAAUGUGCGGCCACGGUCACUUCGAUCUGUCAUCAUACGAGAAGUAUUUACAGGGCGAAUUGGUAGAUUUAUCCUUCCGUGAGGAGAAGAUCCAAGAAUCUCUGUCCAGGAUCCCCAAAGUCGUGUGAAGGAACCUUAAAUAGAACGGAACUUGCAUCACAAGUUAGGGUUUUGCGUGUUGUCAGUGCAGGUGAGAUCAAUAAAUCGAUAUGCUAAAGAUUGUAAUUUGUGGUGGGUAAUAAAAUUCAAUAAGGGGUUGAAUCGAA